CUUAACUUGUCAUAAAAGCUGCGAGCAAGUCACUUCAAACCCACUAGCAUCCUUUCCACUUUCUUUUUUGUCUUGCUCCAGCGGUGCACUUUUUUUUUUUUUAGAUGCAGAAAGCGCUAAAGUUCCGUCAAAGUUCGCUUUAAACAGCCCCACGUUUGUUCUAACUAUGCCUGAGAAGUGUAUUUCUUCUUUAGUUUAGUUUUGGUUGUUUUUGUUUUCUCGACACAAUGACUGAGGAGAGCAGGAGCGAGCACCGAACCGAAAGCGGCAAGGAUUUGGACAAACAGCUCCGUUUGCGAGCGUGUGUUCUUAACGAGCUUCUCAAGACUGAAAGGGAUUAUGUGGCCACACUGGACUUCCUCUCGGUGUUCCUGCACCGACUGGAGCAGUAUGCCGCUACCAAAAUGGACAAGAACAUCACAGAGGAAACGGUGAAGGUGUUGUUCUCCAACAUCGUGGACAUCCUGGCAGUGCACAAAGACUUCCUGUCCAUGGUGGAAGAUCUGCUGCAUCCCGACCCGCACGCCCACCAUGAAGUCGGACGCUGCUUCUUGCACUUUAGGCAGCGUUUCCAGAUUUACGACGAGUACUGCGGGAAUCACGAGAAGGCUCAGCGGCUGCUACUGGAGCUCAACAAAAUUCGCAGUGUCCGCACUUGCUUGCUGAACUGCAUGUUGCUGGGAGGCCGUAAAAAUACGGAAGUGCCAUUGGAGGGGUACCUGGUGGCUCCCAUUCAGAGGAUCUGCAAGUACCCACUGCUGCUCCGAGAGCUGCUUAAGCGCACACCCAAGAAACACGCCGACUACACGGCAGUGCAGGAGUCGCUGCAGGUAAUGAAGGCCGUCUGCUCCAGUAUCAAUGAAGCCAAGCGGCAGAUGGAGAAGCUGGAGGUCCUGGAGGAAUGGCAGUCGCACAUUGAAGGCUGGGAGGGUUCCAACAUUACCGACACGUGCACAGAGAUGCUCAUGCACGGCGUCCUGCUGAAGAUCUCCGCCGGGAACAUGCAGGAGAGGAUCUUCUUCCUGUUUGACAAGCUUCUGGUGUACUGCAAGAAGAAAAACAGACGUUUAAAAAACAGCAAAGCAACAACAGAAGCUCCACGCUACCUGUUCAGAGGCAGAAUCAACACCGAGGUGAUGGAAGUGGAAAACGUGGAUGACGGCACAGCUGACUACCACAGCUCAGGCAACAUCGUCAACAACGGCUGGAAGAUCCACAACACUGCUAAGAACAAGUGGUUCGUAUGCAUGGCCAAAACGUCUGAGGAGAAGCAGGAGUGGCUGGAGGCUAUCAUGAAAGAGCGCGAACGCCGCAAGAGUUUAACUCUCGGCAUGGAGCAGGACACUUGGCUAAUGGUCUCUGAGAAGGGAGAGAAGCUCUAUCAGCUCAUGAGCAAAGGACACCUCAUCAAAGACCGAAAACGCAAGCUCAGUACUUUCCCGAAGUGCUUCCUGGGAAGUGAGUUUGUAUCCUGGCUGAUGGAAAUCGGCGAGACGGACAACCCAGAGGAAGGCGUCCAUCUUGGUCAGGCGCUGCUGGAGAAUGGCAUCAUCCAUCAUGUCACCGACAAGCACCAGUUCAAACCUGAGCCAGUCUUGUACCGCUUCCGCUACGAUGACGGCACCUACCACCCGAGGAGCGACAUGCAUGAUGUCAUAUCCAAGGGUGUUCGCCUCUUCUGUCGGCUUCACAGCCUCUUCACUCCAGUCAUUAGGGACAAAGAUUACCAUUUGAGGACAUACAAAUCGGUGGUGAUGGCCAACAAGCUUAUCGAUUGGCUUAUCGCACAGGGCGACUGCAGAACCAGAGAGGAAGCGCUCAUUUUGGGAGUGGAGCUUUGUGACAAUGGGUUCAUGCAUCAUGUGCUCGAGAAAAGUGAAUUUAAGGACGAGCCACUGCUUUUCCGCUUUUUCGCCGACGAAGAGAUGGAAGGCUCAAACACCAAACACAAGCCGGUCAAGCAUGACUUAAAGAUAGUAGAAAAUGUCAUUUCCAAGUGUCUCUUGGUAAGACCAAGCGACUUAGGUUACGGAUUCACCCUGGAGGAGAGGAACAGGCUUCCAAUCAUCAAGUCAGUAGAGAAGGGCUCCCCUGCUGAGAUGGCCGGCCUGGAGGUGGGGAAGAAGUUGUUCGCCAUCAAUGGAGACUUGGUGUUCCUCAGGCCUUUCUCGGAGGUGGAAGUUCUUCUCAGGCAGUGUUUCCGCAGCAAAGGGCCGCUCAGGGUUCUGGUCAGCACGAAACCCAGAGAGACUGUGAAGAUUCCUGACUCUGUGGACGGUUUGGGCUUCCAAAUCCGCGGUUUCGGCCCCUCGGUGGUUCACGCUGUCGGAAGAGGAACGGUGGCGGCCAUGGCCGGGCUUCACCCGGGUCAGUGCAUCAUCAAGGUGAACGGCAUCAACGUGAGCAAGGAGAGCCACGCUAGCGUCAUCGCUCACGUGACGGCGUGUCGCAAAUACCGCCGACCCUCGCAGCAAGAUACAAUCAAGUGGGUGUACAACAACAGCGAGAGUGCCCACGAGGACGACCACAGGAACGACCGCAAGGCCACCCCGGAGGAGAACGGUGACGGUUUUGAGUGCAAAGUAGAAGAGGUGAUGGACAAGUUCAACACCAUUGCCAUCAUCGACGGCAAGAAGGACCACGUGAGCCUGACUGUGGACAACGUGCACUUGGAAUACGGCGUCGUGUAUGACUACGACAGCACGGCUGGCAUCAAGUGUCAUGUCUUGGAGAAGAUGCUGGAACCCAAAGGCUUCUUUAGUCUCACUGCAAAGAUCCUGGAAGCGCUGGCGCGAAAUGAUGACAUGCUAGUGGAGACAUGCGGAAAGUUGACAGCGGAGGAUGACUGCAAUCAUGGCGAGCUGCAGGUGCGCUUCAGCGCAAUGUGCGCAGAUAGGGUGGAGCAUAUCAGACGACGCAUCAUCAACUACAGAAAGUUUGCUCGAGUGCUGAAGAACAGAGCCUGGCCUACGUUCAAGCAGGCCAAGGGCAAGGUGUCCCCCCUGCACAGCAGUGAUUUUUGCCCUACCAACUGUCACGUCAACACAAUGGAGGUGUCUUACCCCAAGACCACCACCUCCCUGGGCAGCUCCUUCGGGGUGCAGCUGGACAACCGCAAGAACGCGCCGGAAAAAGGCAGGCGCUCCACCGCUGAGCAAGGUAAGCUGAGUCCCAUGGUGCACGUCCAACACACCAUCACCUCCAUGGCCGCUCCAUCCGGACACAGCCUGGGCCGCACGGAGGGCCACGGGUUGCGCUUCCUGCUCCGAGAAGAAGACCUGCUUGCCCUGGACGCGUACCAGAAGCUCCUGGACAAACUGGACACCGUCAUCAAGGAGAUGGAGACACACGGUGGACAUAUUCAUGACCUGUUAGCGUCCAUCACAUACCUGCCAGCAUCCGAGGCCAAGACACCGGAGAAUUUCGUACCGGCCGAGAGCGACUGCGACAAGGGCGAGCGAAACGGGAAGAAAGUCUGUUUUAAUGUAGCGGGGGACGAACAGGAAGACUCAGGCCAUGAUACCAUUAGCAAUAGGGACUCGUACAGUGAUUGUAACAGCAACAGGAACUCCAUCGCCUCCUUCACCAGCAUCUGCAGCAGCCAUUGCAGCUCUUACGUCCACAGUGACGAAAUGGACUCAGGGGACGAGAUGGCGUCCAGCGUGUGGCUGUCCCACGAAAAACAGAAGAAGCUUCACAGCUUUUUAGAGCACCUUUUUAGUCAGGUGGAAUCCAUUUGCAGUAUGAUACGAGGAGCACUGGUGGUUCGAGCUUUCGAGCAAACCAAGUGCUUCACGCCAGAACGAGGAUUCCAAGACUUUCAGCAAGAAAUGGAACCCCAAGUCAACUACACCAAGAGGCUGCGUCUCCAUAUCAAGCAAGAUCCAUGGAACCUCCCCGGCAGCGUUCAGACCCUCACACAAACAAUUGGCAAAUUUGUGGAAGAGGUGAAGACGAGGCUGCUCUUGGUCCUGCUCCAGUACACAGACUCUGAGAUCCAGUUGCGACGAGAUAUGGUCUUCUGUCAGUCGCUGGUAGCGGCCGUGUGCGCUUUUUCUGAGCAUCUGUUGGCUGUUCUUAAUCAGUUCCACUGUGUGGGCAAGGAGUCUGAGCUGGAGCAGGACAAUCAAGACCCACAGGAGGCUCAGGAAGCCAGCAGACGAUGGCUGGAGCAGAUAGCCAGCGCGGGCCUGCUCUUCCACUUUCAGUCGCUUCUUUCACCUAACCUGACGGACGAGCAGGCAAUGCUGGAGGACACGCAGGUGGCGCUGGUGGACCUGGAGAAAGUCACUUUCCAUUUCCAACACUUUGAAGGGGAACCUAGAGUAGCCAACAUGCCUGUUUCCUACCACGUGGAAGGCACUCGGCAGCACCUGAAGGUGUUCCUCCAACUGGAGAGUUUUUACUUCUCUCAUCUGCCUGCCCGGCUUCGAGGCGGCGGCGGUGUCAAAAUCUACCCCGUGCUCUUUACGCAAGCGUUGGAGAGCAUGGAGGGCUACUACUACAGAGAUAAUGUGUCCGUGGAGGAGUACCAAGCUAACAUCAACGCCACCUCUCUGGAUAAAGUCAAGCAGUACUACAAGAGGCUACGGGCUUUCUGCAUGGAUCAGUCCAACGUGCCUCCCAGUGCUGCACCAAAAGCUGCCUUGAUUGAUAAGCUGAUGCGUCCCCUGAACGCUGUGGACGAGCUAUACCGCCUGCUGGAAAGCUUCAUCCGCUGCCGUCGCACGGCCGCCUGCCAGAACACAGCCUGCGGGGCAUCCGGGGUGGGCCUCCUGACGGUGGCCUCGGAGCUGUGCUCGCGCCUGGGGGCCGCCCACGUGGUCAUGUGCAACAGCGGCGUUCACCGAUGCACCCUAAGCGUGACGCUUGAGCAGGCCAUCCUCUUGGCGCGCAACCACGGGCUGCCACCUCGCUGCAUCAUGCAGGCCACCGAUGUCAUGAGGAAGCAGGGUGCCAGAGUUCAGAAUUCGGCCAAGAACUUGGGGGUGCGAGAUCGGACGCCCUCAUCCGUGCCUAGGUUGUACAAGCUGUGCCAGCCUCCACCCCCUGAUGGCGACCCAUAAUGCAUUGUGGCGUGAAAUACAAAAAGCCAGCGAUCAGAUUUGCUUAUUUUCAUACAGUGUAAAUAUUUUUUUUAAAAGCCUAAUAGUAUUUUUUUAAUGUUUAGCUACCUAUAUGAACCACCAGUUAUAUGGUUAUUGUAAAUAUAUGUUUAUGAUUAUGUACUGUUGUUGUUUUCCUCAGGUUCCGAGCAUAUAGAUUGCAUAUUACAGCCAAUGGUAGCUCACUAUGCAAACUAAAAACAGCGCCAAUAAGCUAGUUUGUUUUUUGGACACAAUAUCUUAUACGUACGAUAAAGUUAUGCAUACAAUGUGUAAAAUAUAUAUAUAUAUUAAAUUUCAUAUCUGAGAUCGAAGUAUUGUGUUUAUUUGCAUAAGAAAAUGCAAAGAAAUGGUAGCGAAUGAUCGCUGUCAACUCUUCCAGUCAAGAAGGACGCGUCAGUGGAAGCCAAUGAGUUAAAUAUUUUCUUGAAACGGCUCUCCCCUAGUUGUCUUUGAACUGCGCCUGAAUUUCAAGUUGAGGUAAGUUUAUGGUGAGUACAUUUUGAACAUUUUUAAACUAAAGUAUUUGAAAAGGACCCACAUUUGACUUUCAACAACUUUUAAAGAAACAUUUUCAAGUCCCUUUAUUAAAAAACAAACAAACUGGGAGCUAUCCAAGAAUGAGUCCACUUCUGUGGGACACUGUAGCACCCCUAGACUCGAACUAAAGUAGUGUAAUAUAAAAGUUAUUUGGGGAAAAAAAUCAUGAAAAAAAAAAAUCUGAGAUAUCCAAAGACCGAUCCAC